GUUUCGCGUACGUGACAGGCUAAGCUAGCUAGCGUUAGCUUCCUCCUGCCAAACCUUACCGGUACGUGUAGCUGGCAGUCCCACAUCAUGUUCAGAGCCGCCGUCCGACUGUCUGUCUCCGGUGUCCGGAAUGUAACCCGUACACAGCCAGGGUGUCAAGCUCUUCUGGCCUCAAGGUGUUACUCACAUGGGAAGCAAGAGACAGAUGAGGAGUUUGAUGCCCGCUGGGUCACCUACUUCAACAAGCAAGACAUUGACGCAUGGGAGCUGAGGAAAGGGAUGAACACAUUGGUUGGUUAUGAUCUGGUACCUGAGCCAAAGAUUCUUGAGGCAGCACUGAGAGCCUGUCGGCGGUUGGACGACUUGGCCAGCGCUAUCCGAAUUUUGGAAGCUGUGAAGCACAAAGCCGGACCUAAUAAAGAGAUCUACCCGUACCUGAUCCAGGAGCUGCAGCCAAUAUUAAAUGAACUUGGCAUCUCCACACCUGAAGAGCUCGGCAUUGACAAAUUGUGAAUGAAUGUCUGACAGUGGAUAUCCCCAGGACACAAAACCCUUGUACUUAAAUGUUUGCCUAAUAUAAUACAUGUGAUAUUUAAUUUGGCCUUUAUUAGGUUCUUUUGCUUGUAAAAUAUCUAUGAACUUAAUAAAGGAAACUGUAACUUUA